AUGGGCCUGAGCGGGGGCAGCGGGGGAGGCCCGGGCCUCGACGUCCCCGGCCUCCCUCGAGGCCCGGCGCCCCCCCCGGCGGGGCCCCCCCCGGUGCGGAGGAGGCUGGUGCUGCCCCUCGCCAUGCUGUGCCUGUGGCUCUACCUCUUCUAUUCGUGCGCCGGCUCCUGCGCCCCCGCGCCCCGCCUGCCCGCCCGCCCCGGGCCCCCCGCCGGCCUCCCCCGGGGCCCCCCGGCCGGGACGCGGGACCCCCCGGAGGAGCCGGAGGAGCCGCCGGAGGACCCCCCGGAGGACCCCCCGGAGGACGGGGCCGCCCCCCGGCCGCUGCCCCCGCAGCCGCCCGGAGCCCUGUCCAGCUUCUCCGGGGGCCCCGGCAGCCAGCAGCUGCCCCAGGCCAUCAUCAUCGGGGUGAAGAAGGGGGGCACCCGGGCGCUGCUGGAGUUCCUGCGGGUGCACCCCGACGUCCGAGCCGUGGGCGCCGAGCCCCACUUCUUCGACCGCAGCUACCACAAGGGCCUCGGCUGGUACAGAGACCUGAUGCCGCGCACGCUGGAGGGCCAGAUCACCAUGGAGAAGACCCCCAGCUACUUCGUCACCAAGGAGGCCCCCGCCCGCAUCUCGGCCAUGUCGAAGGGCACCAAGCUGAUCGUGGUGGUCCGCGACCCGGUGACCCGGGCCAUCUCAGACUACACACAGACCCUGUCCAAGCGGCCCGACAUCCCCCCCUUUGAGAGCCUGACCUUCCGGAACGGGACGGCGGCGGGCCCGGUGGACGCGUCCUGGAGCGCUGUCCAGAUCGGCAUCUACGCCAAGCACCUGGAGCGCUGGCUCCGCCACUUCCCCCUCCGCCAGAUGCUCUUCGUCAGCGGCGAGCGGCUCGUCGGCGACCCGGCCGGGGAGCUGGCCCGCGUCCAGGACUUCCUGGGCCUCAAGAGGAUCGUCACCGACAAGCACUUCUACUUCAACGAGACCAAGGGCUUCCCGUGCCUGAAGAAGGCCGAGGGCAGCGGCCGGCCGCACUGCCUGGGCCAGACGAAGGGCCGGACGCACCCCGCCAUCCGGCCCGAGGUGCUCCACCGGCUGCGGGACUUUUACCGGCCCUUCAACAGGAAGUUCUACCAGAUGACCGGGCAAGACUUCGGCUGGGACUGAGGGGGACCCCCGGGAUUUGGGGGGAGGGGAAGGGGCUCCCCUGUGCAACAGGGGCUUAGCGAGCGAGCGAGAGAAUAUAUAUGUAUGUAAAAUGUACAGAAAUCUAUUUUAUAAUAAUUUAUUUUGAAUUCUCCAGCAAUUAAUUCACUAAAGCUGCCUAGCCACCCUCCUCUCUUAGCGCACGACUUCAUAACCUGUUAACAUUCCAGAGCGUUUAACUCUAACCGUUUCGUUUCGCAUUUUGCCCCCGUUUCCCACAGACCCCCAUGGUGCUUUCGUUUUUGUAGUCGCAGUAUUUUAAAGGAGAAAGAAGAAGAAGCAGAUGAAGAAGAAGAAAAAAAGCACAAGUUUUGUUUUUCUUUUCCUUACGGGUAUUAGGUCUUCUGUCAUCACUGUCCGCCAACCUCUCGACUUUAUUUUCCCCGGGUUUCUCGCUCCCGGUGGCGCUGCCGUCUGUACCCGGAGAGAUGUCCCGCCCCUGCCCGACUGGAGCUUCCAGCGGAUCUCCUUCCUCCGAGGGAAGGCCGGCAUCCCCUCUGCCAUGGUGAACUGUCACUUCCAUCCAACUUUGAUGUUGCCCCCAACUCCUGUGGUGCUCUGCUCCCCCCUCAGCCCCCAGAGAUGAACCCCAGCUGCAACUCUGCAGAGACUCCCUUUCACCAAGCUGUUGAGUGUCUGUGGAAAUACUCAGAGAGAUCCAGUGCUCGUUUCCCCAUGUGGGAAGGGCUCGAAUGUCGGGCAUUGAGGCAAAGCACUCAGCUUUGACACACCAAAGAAAACGAGGCCUGGUAGAGGGUGGUGGUUGAAAUCGGAGGGGACGGAGCCCGAAAAUGUGGGGAAGGGUUCACCCCCUGAAGGAGGACUGGGUCUAUUGGGGGGAUAUCAGAAGUCAUAAAAGGGAAGCAGUGUGGCCUAGUGGAAAUAGCCCGGG